CCUGAUAGAAAAAUACAUAGCGAUUAUCGACUUCAGGAUUACUAUGACAAUGCAAUCAAGAAAUUGAAAGAUAAACGGUAUUUACCUUGGAAGCAAUUCGAUGGCACUAAAAUAAGUAAGGUAAAAGACAAAAAUUUACGUUAUAUUUUAGUGUGGACUUCUAGCAUGAACAAACCAUUCAAUAAAAUGGGUAAUGGAGAAAUCGCUUUUGCUGACAAAUUUUGUCCCUACUACAACUGUUUUGUUACUGACGAUGUUAAUUAUUUCAAAGCAGAAACUGAAUUUGACGCCAUUCUUUUUGGAGCUGAGGUAGUAAGAUUAACAAACAAUCUACUUCCUGAGCAACGGUUGCCAUAUCAGAAAUAUGUUUUUGUUAGUAUGGGAUCAGCGCAGGAGAAUACAGUUUGUACUGAAAAAUUUGACAGCUAUUUCAAUUGGACGUGGACGUAUAGGUUAGAUUCAGAGAUUAAAAGCGGCUUGGUUGUACGAGAUUUAAACGAAACUAUUGUUGCUCCUAAAAACGAAGUACACUGGAUACCAACACAACGCAAGUACACUUUACCUCGCGAUCUUAGUGAUAUCAUCGAAAAUAAAACCAAGGCGGCAGCGUGGAUUGUAUCUGAUUGCAAUACUUAUAGUUAUCGAGAAAAAAUUGCUCUAUCACUUAGAGAAGAAUUAAAAAGACACUUAUUGACGCUCGAUAUUUAUGGGAAGUGCGGAGAAUUUCGCUGCGAAUCCGAAACAUCUUGUGAUAAGACAAUAGAAAGAGAUUAUUACUUUUAUUUAGCUUUUGAAGAUUCUCUGUGUAAGGACUAUGUAACUACGGAACUGUUGCAUGCCUUGCGCUAUAAUGCCGUUCCUAUUGUGUACGGGGGUGCUAAUUACACGAGGUGCGCGACUUGUUCGUCCCGUCACAAAAAGCAACCGAAUUGUAGGAUUUUGCCUCCAGACAGUUAUCUAGAUGCAAGUAAGAUGUCAGUUCCAAAGCUGGCCGGCAUAAUGAACCGUCUAAUUAGAGUCAGGAAAGACAGCUAUGCACAAUAUUUUUGGUGGAAACGACAUUACUCUUAUUACAAAACGUCUGAGAGUGUGGACACAGAUGAAUAUUGUGAACUUUGCAGAUUAUUAAACAGUAAUAAGUUUACAGAGAAAUCGAUUUACACGAACUUUAAAGAAUGGUGGAACCAUCCCGAUGAAAUUUGUUUAAGUUGGUAAAUCGACGCAUCCGUAGAACAAUGUGCAAGACUACUUGUUCUCAGGACAUAGUACAUUUCGUUCGUUCUUCUUCGCUGUGGACGUUAGAUCAACUGUUGUUUGAUUUUAUAUUUCCGAAACGAAAUAAGGUACAUAAAUUCCCAAAACACCUUUACAUGGGGCUUAGUUCGAAUAACGAAAUUAUUCUCGUAAUGUACCUAUUCUCUUUUCGCUAUACAUAUAGUCACCACGGACUCUGUUCUUCAGAUGAGUCGAAUAAUUAGUAAAUUUUAAAUAAAAGCAAGCACCGGCGUGCAAACUUGACGACAAUUUAGUAUAAUGUGAUCCUAGAAUUAGAUUAAAUGUUAAUUGUUUAUUAAAAUUUUAGUUUGGAACACUCAUUUUGACAUUAUGAUUUUCACACAUUAUUUGAUAUGUGUAUAUAAACACAUAUUUAUAA